AUCCCCUGUCCUGACGUGUGAACCGGUGCCGUUUGUCACAUACACCAUCGGGCAGCCCCAAAAUAAGAAAAACUAAGACCUUAAGAUGUAUAUAAAAUUUAUUAAAAUUUCCCAAAUGUAGGAAGAUGAAGGAACCGUGCUAAGGCCUUUAAACAUUAGAAAAGCUAGAAAAGGUUAGAAAAGCUUUGUUUAAACAUUUUUCAAGCAGUUUUCUUCACAUAUGUAGUUUGAAUAUUUUUUAAUGAAAUAAAAUUAUUUCUGUCAGUUUUACAUUUACGUAAAUGGAGGCGCCUGGUGCGGUAAUGUGAGAAUUCUAUGUUUUGAAGCAUUUAAGUUAUAGUUGAUAGAAAUUAUACUGAGAAAAAUUAAAGUGUAAAAAUCCAGCAUAUUGAAAGUAGAACACAAUUCUGCAAGUGUUAUGUAAUUGUGACUAGACUGCUUUAAACUCAAUUAGAAUGCAUGAAUACCAAAGAAUGCAUUGCGAUAACAGGAUUAUUUCUGAUCUCAGGAUUUCCUGAGAAGUGCACUCGAUUGUAUAUGUGAGUUAAUUAUUACCGACAGUGGAAUUGCAAGUGAUGGGAAUGGUUUAAUUCUCUUUUGAUUAUGAAACUGAUGGUAUGUUUUUAUUGCAGUGUGCAUAUCAUGCAAUACGCGCAUGUUGGAAUGAUCGCGUUGCAUAAUUCUACUGUGCCAAAUGUAACGCGAUAACACCUGCCAUUCUGUCGGGUGCUUAUUUUUUUCGUAACCCGAAACUAUUACUAUUAUAGCCAAAGAAAGUAGCAAAGAACCAAUUCGAGCAGUUUAGCUGAAUCGAACAAUGGCAAUACUCUUAUCUUCUUAAUCCGAUUCGAAACACGUCAGCUACGGGCAAUUUUCUCUCGGAAACAUUCCUUCACUACAAAUUCACCACACCUCAGGAACUCGGUUGAUGGUAGACGGUCUGCAUUUGUCUGCACGAACGUCAAUGCCAGCUCAUUUUUCCAAGCAGAUAAAUGCAUUUUCGAAUGUCUCUCUGGGAAGAGAGCAUGUCCCCGAGGUAAGAGCGAAAAGUGUACCUUUGCAAAGCUGAGAUUGUACAAAUCAUUCCUGAAGCCUCUCGCCUCCUGGAUAUCCAGUCGAUGCUAUAUUUUCUCUCUGUCUGUUGCAAUGCACCAAGGUGAAGUAAAAGCGAACACACCGGUGAUCGGGUUACAACACUUGCAGAUGGCCAAUCCUCUCGUUGGUGAAUGGGAUGAAGAGCAACAAUUCCAUUUCCUUGGAAUCGUUCUACGAGCAAAGGCAAGGAAACCGAAGCCAGUAGCUCAAGACUUCCUCUGGGUGUAAAAGAAUGCGCGCGAAAGAGAGAUGUGUGGUGCAGACCCGUGAGCGACCAAGAAGUGAUCUCGAUUCACUUGGUCGUGCUGGUCACCGUAACCACAAUCUCUAUUCAUCAUACGUAUUACUGUCGCGAAACCGUGUAGGAGCAUGUGAAUUGCCGGGUUGAAGUUUAGCUAUUACACGUUUGGUCGUCAGCCGAUGGUUUGCGAAAACAGCAGUGAAUGUAAUUACAGUGGCGAUUUCCAGUGAUUGAAACAAGUUCCUUUCGCACCAGCACGCUAUAUAGUGUAACUCAUUGGAAAUAAGAAGGAAAAAAUGUACCGUUGAAAGUGUUUGCUGGUUGCAAUUAUUUGUGGAAUCCGUGAUAUUGCUUAAUGGUCGGUGCAUUGAAAAGUGACGAUACAUUGAGGAAGAGAAAGAAAAACAUGUGUGAUAAUAUUGAUGAUACAAACGGUUUACUCAUACUAAAAUACACUUGUAAAAUUAUCCAAAGUGCUUAAAAUAUUUGUUCGAAAACAACGCUUUAACGUAGUGAAGAAACAAAUGUGUUAUUUUUCAUUUCUUAUGUGUGAAAAAUUAUGAUAAUUUCGACGAAAUUGUAUCAGCUCCCUAAUCGUAUGCCAACUAAUUGCAUUUCCAAACAAACAGAACUCCUCUAGUGAUAUACAGCGCUGUAGCUGUAUAUAAUACAUCGAAUUGAGCAAAAGGCACUAUCGGGUAUCAAUUGGCCUAAAAUUGUGGUUACCGUUCAGAAUAAUUUAAGUGGAAGACGCCAACAUCAUUGAUUGCAGGCGAUUCCCAACAACCUUGCAUAACUCCUCGAGACGCUAUACGUCAGGAGUAGUCAACAGAUCGUCGCCACUCCUUUCCCAUUGAUACCGCUGCAAAACUUUCGAUCUAUAUACGAACAUUUGCAACACCGUGCGCCCUUGGUGUGCCUCAGGUGAUGCGGUCAUGUCAAAGUUUAUAAUCGAUAGCAUGCUACCGAAAUACGCCCAGUUCCAGCCGUUCAUUAGCUCUCAGAUCUCAUCACAGUCCAUUUCCAACUCGAACUCGACAGUGUCACAAACGCCGAACUCGGAAGGCAGUCCAUUGACCACCGGUAGUGAAGGCAGCCCCAACUCGCCGCCAACUAGCAAAAUGUAUCCUUUCGUCUCAAACCACCCGACCACACACACGAGCUACUCGACGAUGCCAGGCUUCUCUGGCCUAGAUGACAAGUCGUGCAGCAGUAGGUAUACCGAAAGUGUGAUGAACAGUUAUCCACCGAUGGGGGUUCCCGGCAGCGCCAGUAUUGCACAGUUCUACCAACAGGCAGCGGCGGUUUCUGCCGCGUCUGCGGGAGUUGGCGUUGACUCGUUGGGGUCGGCCUGCUCUCAGCUUUCUUCAUCCGUCGGCGGUGGACAGUCGGGCUUGCCUGAUAUAACUCGUCAUCCAUGGCUAGUGACUGCAUCGCAAUCAGCUCUUCAGAAAUUUGCAAGCACAGAUUGGAUGAGUAACCCGUUUGAUCGUGUAGUUUGUGGUGACUUUGCUGGUCCCAACGGUUGUCCACGCCGGCGCGGUCGCCAAACAUAUACACGGUUUCAGACACUGGAGCUGGAGAAGGAAUUCCAUUUCAAUCACUAUCUCACCCGCCGUCGAAGAAUCGAAAUUGCGCAUGCCCUUUGUCUAACGGAGCGACAGAUCAAAAUCUGGUUCCAAAACCGUCGUAUGAAAUUAAAGAAAGAGCUUCGUGCAGUCAAAGAAAUCAACGAACAGGCCCGGCGUGAGCGCGAGGAACAAGACAAAAUGAAAAAUGAAUCGCUUAAAUCCGCCCAACAGCAUCACAGCCAAAAACAAGGUCAGCAAGAACACACGAUUGUUGGCUCGCAGCAAACCAGUAACGGUGCUGGAGCAGGUGGUGGAGCUGGUGGAGGAGGCGGCGCUGGAAGCGGUGGUAGCACUGGAAACCUCGGGAGCCACCUGCACCAUCCGUCAAUCGUUUCGCAAAACGAUCUAAAACUUGGGCUCGGCGGAAUGGGCGUUGGCGUCGGAGGGAAUCUCAGUAUGAUGGGAGGUCUGGAUAAUAAAACGAAUCAAGACAUCCUGAAAGCAGUUAUGCAACAUAAUAAGCGAUGGGAUUAAAAUAUUUUUGUUUUCGAAUAUUUAUCGAACACUCCAUUGAAAAAUGUGCAAACAUGAGCUACCGUAAACUUGAUAUGCAACAUUAUGAAGCAAUCGUACUGUAUCAAAGAUCUCUUGUUAGUUGGAGAUAAUUCAGAUGGACAUCAUUCAGAUAAUGAGAAGUUAGCAAACACAAACUUGAAUACUAGCAAUGACUGGUUGAUUUUAGAGCAUUGACACAUAAACUUCUGCCCAAUCAAACAAUCCUACAACUCAGAUGCUCCACAACAAUAUAAACAAAAUGUAUCGUACGUGUUUGCUGCCAAUUGGAAGAAAUACUGCUUCGAGACAACAUCCAAGGCAUUAAUUAUGGCUACAAUUUAAUUGCCAACAGCUAGACUGCGAACGCAAACGACUCCUCCGCAACCGCAAUCAACCGAAAGGAAUGAAGGACUCACAGCAACAUUCACGAUUCCCGCAUAGCAGCCAAUAGCGUAAUGGUGACAGUAUACAUAGAUCUCAAUGCCAACAUCACAUGGAAAUAGUGAAAAGCAAACAGAGUAAAACAUCCACCAAAAUGCAAUAUAUUAGACCCAGAAUCACACGGUUAGAAAACUUGAAACAUUAAUAUACAUACCUAUAAAACAGAUUCAAAACAAAGGUUAAACAUAAUAAAAUUACCAUCAUUGAACCAUCAAAGAAGCAGCAAAUUACAUUCAAAUGCAAGUUACAGCUCGACAGGAGAAGUCGAAGCAAUAGACAGCUAUGAUUGCCUAUACGUAUUUUGUCACACAGCCAACUAAGUGUAAGUGUGUUUUGUAAUGUAAUAGAAAACAAAAAAGAACAAAACAAUACUAAAGCUCUGUAACGAAAGGAAGCAGGACGGAACUUAACGCAGAAAACGUAAAUCGAUAGGUGCAUAAUAAUAAGAUAGAAAACAAAUGAACAAAUAUACGUACUAGAAGGUAAGAAACUGAUAACUAUUUCUAUCCACAUCGCGAUUCCUACUGCGAACUAGCAGACGAUCUGCUCUGGUAAUGAAUCAAUGCCACCUAUCCCCUUUUCCUUAUCGAAACAAUUUUCCUUAUAAGUUAAACUAUCCAGUGUCCAUUGUGUAAUUUAAGUUCUAAUUAAUACUAAUAUAUGAUCAUAGACGGCAUAAGUUUCACCUGCAGUAAUUGAGGAACGCAGGGAAACCAGAAAGCUCUAUCCUGUAAGACUUUACCUUUCUUUACAAUUAAAUAAUACUACUCAUGUAGUUUGAUGUAAGAACCCAGUGUUUUCUCAUCUCGAGAAGCUCGAGCCGCUUGGAUGUGGAAUACCGUAAAAUUACACAUUCGACACAUUUCCAGCGUAGCACGUCUGUUUGGUCGAAUCAAAAUGUCUGAAUGUCUGCAAACAAACGAAAAGAAAAAAAAACAAACAAAAAAACAAACAAAUAAAUAAACUAAAUUAAUCAUACUCAAGCUUAACAUGAUCGUUAGUAGCAUAGGAUACAGUUUCUGUUUUUUUAUCGUCUAAUGUGGCACCCGUCCUCUUUUUUUCUCGUACUAUGUUUUGUUUCUAAUUUGUACGUAAGCAUAGAGUUAGAUGUUAGGUUUAUUUGAAAUAAGACCAUAGCAAUAGGAAUGCUGUAAAACAAUCGGUUCAAAAACAGUUACACUAAGCUCAAACGCAACAGCUACUUUCUUAAAAUUCGAAGAUCGUGCGUACGUUUUGUGCUACAUUUGAUUGAUAGCAGCUGGAACAGGAAAUGCGCUUUUUAGAGCGCCCUCCCUCCUAUAUACGUAAUUAAACAUUUAACAAUUAAUUUUAAGGUGCGAUUUUUGUACAUCAAAAGCAUGUGUAUAAGAGUCUCUAACCAUUUGUGACAAAAGUGAGUACAUUAGUCAAGCACAAGCAAGAUGCAAACCAACUAAAAAAAGGCAGACCAUGCUUCUUCUCAUCCUUCAUAAAAAAAAUUGAUAGACGAACGGGAAAAGAUCGAAAAAGUUUCAGCUUUCCAUUGACCUGCAUGAGAUAUACAUUUCCUUGCAAUGUAAUGCCAUUAAAACAUUGCAUUCUACUCACUGUGUACACCUCAAGAAAUAUUAAUGACGUAAAUGCAAAUCUGUCCAUUUGUUAGAAUUAAUGCGAACAAAUCACAAAUAAAUAUAUAUAUACACAUAUAUAAACAUACAUAUACACAUUCAUAUGACUAGCGUAUCAAUUACCGAACGCAAUUGUAGCAAAUCUACAACAGUUGGUCGAACAUGGCCAAACUAAAGAAUAAAUAUUUCCAUACAAUUCUCAUGCAUCAGUGAGACAGAUCAAACAGCAAAUCAGUUCGCCGUAUUAUAGUUUCGUUUCUAAAAAUAUCUAGUUAAUUCGAUGUGUUUUGUACAGGAAUAUGAAGGUUAUAUAUUUUACGUUACAGUACUUCAUAGAUACGACUAUAUUUCUUUACAUUUUGGCUUUGCCAUUUGCUGAACGAUUCGUAUUAACUAAUGGAUGAGUUUAAGUGCUAAAGGUUAUCGUUUAUUUUUUUUCCUUUCAUAUGAAUGUGUUAAAUUGUUUGAUUAAUUUAUUAAAAUACUUUACAGCAGAACGCAACAUUAGUGUUGUUAGUUAUAAUUUCGUCGUCGAUUUUAUAAUAAAAUAGACAGUAUGAACAAAAGAUAAGUUACACAGAAAGGAAUACUGAUAAGUUCUGCAAUAGUAACAAGAAACAUAACUGUACUAAAUGGGCGUUAAAUGAACGUUUGUGAUUGUAUGUUUUUUCUGUUCAAAGCUAAAAUUCGAGCAUAUUAAAAAUGAAAUACGUAAAUUAAACCAGAGUUGCAUUAUAGAGAAACAAGUCAUUCAUUAGUGUAAGGGCCUUCAUCAACUGUGAGCAUUGUUUUUUUUCGGAAGAAUAGUGUACCUUAUCGGUGACAAAAGUAAACAUUGUCGCGUUAACAGUAACAUCAUACCCAGUCUAAAAUGCCAGCUUGCCAUAACUGAUGCAUGUAAUUCUCUAUCAAACACUUGUAACUAUAACUUGCACUGGAUUCAUUCGCUUUUUUUUCUUCUGGAUCUCAUUCAAAUUCGCAUCAACUAAUGUGGCAUAACCAGGAUGAAGAUGGAGUACACUUCUUAAAAGUAAGUUAAUUAAGAAUGACUGGAAGAAAGUGAGAGACGUUCUAUUGCUCAACUGUGAGCAACUAAAUGAGGCACUCCUUGCGAAUGCUACCCUUGAAUACGUAAUCUGGUGUAGGAUAUAGGUUCGAACGAAAUGUGAAAAAUUUUCAAUAGCAUAUAUGUGUGCAAACGGCGAGGAACAAGUAAACAGAAACCUGAAUUGCUGGAUUGUUUUUCUACAUGACAGUGUAAUGUCUUCUGGAAAAGAGCAUAAACGAAAUAAAAGUGUAAUAAAUUGUAUGAGUCUAACGAAAA